AUGGCCAACUUUGUGUUCUUCCGACAUGCUUGGGUCCACCUGCUUACACAACCUCACGAUAUUCUCAAUGUAUGCGGCGCAAGUCUCAACAGCAAGUUGAGCCCUGUGGGCCAGAGUCAGCUCAGCACGCUUUUUAUUGGCAGUGGUGUCAUCGAAGCAACUACUGAGUUCCUCAACGAAAGUGUUCCAGAGCGUGGCUGCCUGUGCAGUUGGCAAGGGCCAGGAGGCGAUGACAUCGUAGUGUCUGCGUCGGUGGACAUGUGGCGUGGCAAUGGCGGAUGGCGGGAAAGGCGGCGCCUGCGGCGAAAACUUGAUGGGAAAGGUUCCAUGGCCGGAUCGCGGGUGUUGAACCGCUUCGUGCGCCACUACGAGCCGCUGUCGUACGAGCCCGUCGGCGUGCGCGGCUUGGGACGCUGGAAGCGAUCGGCCGCCGCUCAUCGACACGACAGCAGCAGGCCACGCACGGUGCAGGUCGCCUUCAAGGCCCACGGCAGAGAGUUCCGGCUGCAGUUGACCCAGGACCGGUCUGUCUUCUCCGAGGACUUCUCUCUGGUGACGAGCCGAGGGCGCGUUCAGCCCAAGCUCGACCACAUCUACUCCGGACACGUUGCAGGCGCUCCCGGCAGCCGCGUGGUGGGCUCCCUGGUGGACGGCGUGUUCAGCGGACGCAUCUCGCUGGCACCCGGCGACGACGACGGAGACUUCUACGUGGAGCGCGCCAGCCCUUACCUGUCCUCGACCUCGUCCUCGCUCUUCCACUCGCUCAUCUACGCCGCUAAGGACGUGAGCUUCGACGGCGCCGGAUGCGGAGUGCACCGACACGCGCGAGACAUUGCCGUCGGCGCUCGACGCCGACACGGGCGCGGGCCGGCAACGCCCACCAAUCAGAGGCGAGCCAGACGCUCCGUGAAGGCUGCCGAAAUGGCACCUCAGGUAUCGCAGGCCCCUGAUGCCAACGCCUCAGGCAACGCGCCGGCGGAUUCCGGUGCACCUCAGCGGUUGUCCCGUCGACGAACGGCCGAUGAACACCCGCAGGGAGAUGCUGGUCGUCGCCAGGGCAAGAGCGUGCAGCGCGUGUGUAACAUCGAGCUCAGCGUCGACCACACCUUCUACGAGGUGGGCCAGCGGAAACACUCGAUGACUUCUGCAUUUUGUUCCAUGGUAUCAUCGGACAUGUACGGCGACACCACCAAGAUUCAAGCGGAUAUCACGAGCCUGGUGCACACACAUGUGGCGUCUGCCACGGAAAUAUUCGGGAACACAAACUUCAACGGCAUCACCGACAUCUCGUUUGUCGUUCAACGCUUGCAGAUCAACGACUCCAGCGCGUGUGACGGCAAGGUGCGCCGGUCAAACCCUUACUGCGCCGACACACUGGACGCAACGCACACGCUUGUCGAGCUGUCCAAGACAGACCACAACAAUUUCUGCGUCUCGUACCUGUGGACGUACCGCGACUUCCCGGGUGGCACGCUGGGUCUGGCGUAUGUUGCAGAGCUCAAUGGGAACGCGGGUGGCCUGUGCGAGAAGUUCCAGUCGGACGUGGCGCUGCAGUUGACCUCGGACUACACGGGCCGGGUUAGCUUGAACACGGGUGUUGUCACCUUCGUCAACAAGAACGUACGCGUGCCCCACCGGAUCUCCGAGGUCACCUUUGCCCACGAACUGGGACACAACUUCGGCGCACAGCACGACCCUCCCGAGUGUGUGCCCGGUGGCAGUGUGGGCAACUUCCUGAUGUUUGCCACCGCCUCUCACGGCACGAUGCCCAACAACCGGCGCUUCUCCGUGUGCAGCAUCCGCGACAUCUCGGCCGUCCUCACGCAGAUGUUUUCUGAACAGGGUUCCCGCCCGAACUGCCUCCAGGAGCUGCGGGGCCCGUUCUGCGGCAACUCUAUACGGGAGGAGGACGAAGAAUGCGACUGCGGCUACGACUGGCACGACUGCCGCGAGCAGUGCUGCUACCCGCGUGAGCACGGCCUGCUCAACCGCAAGGGCUGCACGCUACGGCCGGACGCCAAGUGCAGUCCCACGAACAGCGCCUGUUGCAGCGAGACCUGCCAGUACCGCAACGCGUCGUGGCUCUGCAGACAUGACGACGACUGCCGAUUCGAGGCCUACUGCGACGGGUGGGGCGGCGAGUGUCCCGCGUCGGCGCAGAAGCACGACGGCGUACUCUGCAACCACGGCACACAGGCUUGCGAUGCUGGCGAGUGCGUGCGCUCCGUGUGUAGCGUGUACGGCCUCGUCGAGUGCUACCUCACCGGGACGCAUCGGACGCCGAACGAGAUGUGCCUCAUCGCCUGCCGAGAGAACGCGUCGGACAGCGUUUGCAUGGAGGCGUGCCACUUCAAACGCAUGAAAGACUUCUGCAACAAAAAGAUGGAGCCCGGAGCACCGUGCGACGACCUGCGCGGCUACUGCGACGUCUUUCAGAGGUGCCGCCUGGUGGAGGCCGAAGGAGCGCUCGCCCGUCUGCACUGGCUCGUUUUCGGUGGACGCGGCCUGCGAAACGUAAUGGCGGUAAGGGAAUACUGGUACUUCACGCUAUUGGCCGUCGUGCUGGGCAGCGGUGUCACGGCGCUGUUCAUCAAGCUGUGUGCCGUGCAUACGCCCAGCAGCAACCCGCAUCUCAAGGGCCCACGCAAAAUUGUCGGACCCAUGUGCCGACCCACGAGUUUGCUGCGCACGGCACUAUCCCCUGGCGCCACUUCGCAGCUAUAG